AUGCGUUCCACUUCGCGAGAGAACUGCACGAUCAUCACCACCAUCAACGCCGCCGGCGCCGUGUUGGCCCCUACCAUCAUCUUCAAAGGGCAGCGUUUCAACGGAGAUUGGAUCGUGGAUCAGGACGGCCCGCCGGGUGCGACGUACACCUGCACGGAGUCGUCCUUCAUGUGUGGUGGCGUGUUCAUAAAGUACAUCAUGGACUUCCACGAGCAGCUGCGCAAGCGCAACUUUCUCGAUGGAAAACCCCAUGUGCUCGUGCUGGAUGGGCACGCGUCGCACGUNUUUGUAGGUGGCACCAUCCAAGGUGCCCAGGGACAGCAGGUAUAUGCGGAACGGGGGCAGCCGGUGGUCCCGCAGAUGCGUUCCACUUCGCGAGAGAACUGCACGAUCAUCACCACCAUCAACGCCGCCGGCGCCGUGUUGGCCCCUACCAUCAUCUUCAAAGGGCAGCGUUUCAACGGAGAUUGGAUCGUGGAUCAGGACGGCCCGCCGGGUGCGACGUACACCUGCACGGAGUCGUCCUUCAUGUGUGGUGACGUGUUCAUCAAGUACAUCAUGGACUUCCACGAGCAGCUGCGCAAGCGCAACUUGCUCGAUGGAAAACCCCAUGUGCUCGUGCUGGAUGGGCACGCGUCGCACGUGAGCUUGGAAGUCGUGGAGUUGGCCAGGUCCCUCAACAUCCACCUCGUCCAGCUGCCCUCCCACAUGUCCCACAUCACCCAGCCCCUGGACGUCGCUGGCUUCGGGUGCUUCAAGAAGGAGCUGACCAAGGCGAUCCAGGCCUUCCCGGCGACACACGGAGGGGCGUUGCCGCGGAAGCGGGACAUGGCCUCCGUGAUCGGGCAAGCGUGGAGCACGAGCUUUACGCCGGACAUCAACAAAGCUUCCUUCGCCGGGGCGGGCCUUUGGCCGGUGGACAAGGAACGGGCACUCAGUCGGCUGCUGAAACCCAAGAGGAAGGAGAGGGAAACCGACCGCCCUCCCCUGCAAGACGUCCCCAUCGCCGUGAGCAACGAUCGGCUGGAGGAAUUGCUGGGCGAACGCGCCGUCCGCAAGCUCCUGGGGGAAGGCCACACCCUCACGGGACUCCGCGUGAGCACGGUGUUUCUCGGCGACUACCUGCCCAGCAAGCGAUCCAAGAAGCCGCCAACCCGGGCGAACUUGGGCAUUCCAGAGGGAGGACUUCUCACUUGUGACGGGUGGUUGGCGGAGAUGAAGAAGAAACAAAACGAAGCCGAGGCUGCCGAGGCCGCCAAGGCGGCAAAGGCCGCGACGAGGCAAACGGCACGGGACGCGAAGGCGGCGGAGGCGGCGGCGGCGGCGAGGAACGGCGGGCGGGGACGGGGGCAGGGGCGGGGCAGAGGGCGGGGCCAGGGAAGGGGGCGGGGGGGCGGGCGAGAAGAGGAGAGUAGGAGGGACGAGCGAACCGAGAGAGGGAGGGAGGAAGGGGGGGGGCGAGGUGUUGGUGUUGUUCAAGGGGGGCGAGGGGGGCGUGGGCGGGGCGCGCGGGGGGGCGGGCGCACUGUUGGUGGCCGCGGCGAGGGCACCGGGGGGCAUGGGCGGGUAGGUGAUCCUAGCCGCGAUGGUAGAGGGGCGGAAUGA